GUAUUACGCAAGACCAUCACAUGAUGCUAGAGAUCUAUCGAUAGUUGUCAUGGUGUUUGAAGCUUGAAAACAAGAUGGCAGAUGAAAUGGACGUUGCUGUGGAUGUUGAUACUCUGAAAGAUGAAGAUACUAAGGAUACGGAGACGGGUCCCCCUCUGUCCUCCACUGGGUCUGCUGGAGGCUCUGAGGAUGCUACUGGCCAUGGGUCAGUGGAUGGGCAGGAUCAGAUUGAUGACCUCUCUGAUGAUGACUUGUCCGACACUGGCUGGGAUACUGACUUGGAGAUUGAAGCUGAUGAGAAGGAGGAGUAUGAUGUAACUGGUGGUAAGCUGUACCUACACACAUGCCAGACACUAGGCAUCAUCCCAGCCUCUUACGUCCUGCGCACCAUUCAGGCCCAGGAGACUCACCUCAAUCUCUGUCACCAUGGCGUCGGACCCAAGGGAACCAAAGCCAUCGCAAUCGCACUCACCUCCAACACCAAUGUGACUUACCUGGACCUGAGUGACAAUGGACUGGGUACGGAGGGAGCCAUUGCCAUCGCCACCAUGAUGAAGGAGAACUGCUACAUCACUCAGUUGGAUCUGUCAGACAACAAUAUGGGUGCUCCAGCAGCCUACGUUAUUGCCCCCCUGGCGAGCAUCAACAGCACACUGGUCCAUCUCUCUCUUAGGGGGAACAAGUUCGGUGACAAGGCUGUAGAGCCUCUGGCAGAGCUGCUACGAGGCAGCUACCAUAUCAAGUUCCUGGAUCUGAGUCAUAAUGAGUUUGGAGAAGAGGCUGGAAUCAUCCUGGGUCCAGCAAUAGCUGACAGUGAGGUGUUGCAGACUCUUGAUCUGAGCUGGAACACUAUCAGAAGGAAAGGAGCUACUGCAAUAGCUGAUGGACUUAAGAGCAACCAAUCUCUGGGGGUGGUCAGUCUGGCGUACAAUGGGUUUGAGAACCAGGGAGCUGCAGCACUAGCAGACGCCCUCAAGGUCAACUCUACACUGAAAGAGCUGGAUAUCAGUAACAAUCGGAUAGGCACUGACGGAGCUAUUGUGUUAUCAAGGGUUCUACCAAUCAACGACACCUUGAAGGAAUUCAAGAUUGGGCAGAAUCCCAUAAGAGACCCCGGGAUUAUAGCUUUCCUAGAUGCUGUCAAACUGUGCACUAGUACCACUCUACAAACUUUAAGUUUCGAAGGCCUCACAAUCACUCUUGCUAUUGAGAAGACACUCCAAGAACUGUCGAAAUCACACAAACACUUGACCAUCUCUCAUGCGGGAACAGGAGGCUACAAGCAUCCUAAACCCAAGCAAGAACCAAUUGAAAAAUUGGACAAUUACUGUAAAGAGAACAAUGUUGUUUUGAUAGACUUAUUCAGAUCAUUCGAUAAAGAGCAGAAGAAAUUCCUUUCGGAAGAAGCUUUCAGGAAUGCUUUAAAGCACAUCAGUGCUCCAUUGAUGGAGUUUGAGAGACAGAAGCUGAUCAAAGAGUUCACCACCACACCCCCUGACACACCCCCUGCCGAGGGAGAGGAAACAACUGAAGUAAAGAAACCUUCCGCUGAUGAUGAAGACUCUCCUCCUGUGUUCGUGGAUUAUAGGUUACUUGUAGAGACUGCAAAAGCACUAAAGACAAUGAAAACUAAACAGUCUGAGUAGAGUUCAUUAGGUCUGUGUUGCUUGUGAACAACUCUAUGUCCGUGCUUGUAUAAACGUGUCACCUUGCUUUCAUCAAUGCUACAUAUCUCUAUUUGCCAGAUUGAA